GAGACGACGAAGAAGAAGUCUCAUUUAUUAGUAAAAGAAGAAAAGAAGGAACUGCCCGUCGUACGCUCACGCUUAGCACCGAUGUGUCUUUCAGUGAAGAUCUUCUCAUAACGACCAGCAAGAUGAACAAACUCGGUGAUGUCGACUCGUAUGAGCUCGAGGAGCCGAGCGACGAAGAGAGAGCAGCAAGCAGUUCAGAGGACGAGCUGGACGUGCUUCUUAGCGGCACGCCGGAGCAGAAGAAGAAGCUGAUCCGAGAAUACCUGACGGGCGAGAGCGAGUCGUCCAGCGAUGACGACUUUGAGAAGGAGAUGGAGGCCGAGCUCAGCUCCACCCUCAGGACCAUGGAGGACACCUGGAAGCCCGCUGGCACAGUGCAGGGUUCAGGAAGCGGAGGCGAAGGCCCAACACACGUCGAGCCACGGAUGUACGACAACAUCUACUUUGACUCGGACUCGGACGAAGACCACCAGCCAAUGUCUGCAGGUGGUUCGGCCGGCCGGCGCAUGAUGACCAAUGACGAGCUGCUGUACGACCCCGACGAGGACGAGCGGGACCAGGCCUGGGUGGACGCCAGGCGCGGCAGGUAUCGUGUGAUGAAGUGCCCUGCGAUGUCCGCUCACCCGCGGCGCCCGGGGCCCAAAAGUCUUCCCAGCAGCGACGCCGUCCUCAACUGUCCCGCUUGCAUGACCACGCUGUGUCUCGACUGUCAGCGACACGAGAAGUACCGCACGCAGUACCGCGCCAUGUUCGUCAUGAACUGCAGCGUGAAUAAAGAGCAAGUUCUGCGCUACAAGAAGCAAAUGGACAGGACGCCGGGAAAGAAAUGGAACCGCAUGAAAGAGCAGGCGACAGCAGCGCCUGUCGGGAUGGACGCCGAUGAGGCAUACCAUCCCGUGCAGUGCUCUGAGUGCUCCACAGAGGUUGCUGUGCUAGACAAGGACGACGUCUACCACUUCUUCAACAUCCUGUCCAGCCACUGCUGACUUGGACAGGAGAGUCUCUCCCCCCCCCCCAUCUCUUUAUGCAUAUUAUUCCAUGAUCUGUCAUCGUUGUGUAUAUAGCGGAUUGUGGAGUGAAGUGGCACCACAAGGUGGAAUUUUGAAA